CUUUCUCUCCGCGUCUCCCCAUCUCACGCACCUCCACUCCAGCCACCUCUCUCACUGUCCGCACUCCGAGCGACGACCAAUAUAGAGAGACGACACCGAACAAGAGCAGCGGUGAAUGACUUACAAGUGAAGGAUGGAGGAAUGAUGAGAGGACGGUUGGUUGGCAGACAGACAGGAAAACCGCUGUCGCAGAGGACGAGAAGGAGUGGAAGCAGGAGGCACGGAGGAGAGAGAGGGGAGCAGUCACAUCUGCCGUGACUUUGGGGAUUUCUCUCCCGCAGAGUGGAGAGGAAAAAGGGGAGACGCCACAUCUUCCGGAUGCCAAAGAAUCACUGUGUGUGAGAGGAAGGAUUCACAUGUGUCGGAAUUACCGUGGUGGCCCAACAUGCCGAUUUUUGGCGACCUUUUUUUUCUGUUUUGCAAUUUCGUCAGCUAAUGUAACAUAGUUGCGUCGCGAGGCCAAUACAACUUAAAACGGCUUUAAAAAAAAUGUUGACAGGGUUACUCUGUAUAUUUAAUUUUUUGAAGCAUCCUUUGGAGAGUGUCUGGCCUGUCAGUGAGAUUUGUUUUGGGGGUAAAGGAGGACGUUUUUUUUUUUAGAGGAGAGACCCCCACCUCCUCCCCCCCCUUACAUAAAUGUUUGCGUGCCGUUAGUGCUCUCGUUCUCGGCAGACCACCCCUCUCCCACUGAAUAGGUUGCAGAGUCUCACACGCAGACAGACGCAUCUCAUAUGCGCGCAUAGACAGAGACCGACCUGGACAUUAUCAAACGCGCACGCAGACGCACAUCUCACAUGCAUAUAUAAUUAUACAAACAGACCUUACCCCCCCCCCCCCCCCUCCUCCUCCUCCUCACCCACUCAACCCUCUCACCCUCCACUAUCUGAUGACUCCCCGGCGUAGUACGGAACCGACUGUAGCAGCAGCAGCAUCAUCAUCCUCCUCAACACUGCCACUGUCAUCUUCACAAUCACCCUCCUCUUCCUCGCUACCACCAUGUCCUCGUCGUCGCGCAAGAUCUCAUCCGAGUCGUUCAGCAGCUCGGUGGGCUCGGACUGCGGGCUCGAAAGCCCCGGCGGAGACCUAGGGGACGGCGCGUUGGAGCCGGCGGAGGAGAGCCGAGGCUGCCCCUUCUCCUCCCUCCACUCGUCCCACAGAGCGGUGCUCUGGAACGGACGCAGCCCCGCCGAGAGGCCGGCAGCGUGCCCGGCGGGCGAGGAGCCGCAAGGAGGGCCCCACAAGAGGGUCACCAGGAGGAGACGGGUGAACCUGGACUCGCUGGGGGAGAGCCUGAGGCGACUGACCUCACCCACGACGCAGACUGUUCAGGAGGCUCUACAGCGAACUCUAAAAUUCUACAGGCAACAAGAGAUCAGGUGUCAGGAAGAUGGCAAUGAGGAGAGGCAAAGAGAAAGGAGAGAUGAAAAGUGCCCCUUUCUAGAAAAUUCUGGUUCAGAAGAAGAUGUCCUACAAAUCCUACAGUACAUGGCAACCAUACUGGGAGUACCAUUCUGUGAGCUGCGAGAGCAUUUCGGAGAAGAGUUCUUUGGCCUCUGCUUUGAAGAAAAUGAACGAGUGCUUCGGGCUGUAGGCGGCAACCUCCAGGACUUCUUCAAUGGCUUUGACGCCAUUUUGGAACACAUUCGCACCUCCACGGGGCGCCGGGCCUCAUCUGAGAGCCCCUCCUUCCAGUGCAAGGAUCCCUAUGAAGAAGAGACAGGGAGAAGAAAAUUGGAUAAAGAUGGAGAGCAGGGAGAAACAGAUGGAAGAGGGAAGGUGUUGCUUUUACAUUGUUUCAACCCUGCCUCUGUUGUUGGCUUGGUCAUGCCAGGGUUUAUCAGAGCUGUUGCCAGGCGGAUCUUUCAUUUGGAAGUUGAGGUGGAAGAGGUGCCACCUCUAACUCCCUUGUUGCCCAAUGAAGAUACAGAACACGCAGACGGAGCCUCCACAACCCCAACCCCGACUGCGUCCCCCACUGCCACACCCUCCUCGUCCCCGUCCCCUUCCCCUCCCUCUCCUUUCCCAACCUCUGUUUCCACAGUUUGCUUAUCCUUCCAAAUCCAGGAGACAAGCCCUCCUUCCCUCUCCUCCCUCUCAAAUGCUGCCUCAGUGGGCACUAAACGCCCCCUUUUUUCACUCUCCACCAACCCCAGUGAUCUGUGCAUAUCCCUGGCCACGUUUUGCCGUGCCUUUCCGUUUCACCUUGUCCUGGGGCCUCGCAUGGAGCUACUGCAGCUUGGAGAAGGAUUGAGGAAACAGGCUCGCAUUGAGCCUCACCGGACCCUCUUGUUCAAGGACUUUUUUGAGAUUGUCUCACCCAAGAUGGAUCCUUCAUUCCAGGGUAUCCUGCUGAGACUUGCAUCCCCAUUUACCAUCCGCACCAGGCCUGAUUCCACACAGUCUGACACCAAGGAGAAGGUUAUGGAGUUGAAGGGUCAGAUGAUCCAUGUGCCCGAGUCCUGCUCCCUGAUGUUUCUGGGUUCGCCACGUGUUGAUAAGUUGGAGGAGCUCAUGGGCAGGGGCCUCCACUUGUCAGAUAUCCCUAUCCAUGAUGCCACGCGGGACGUUAUCCUGGUGGGGGAGCAGGCCAAGGCCCAGGAUGGCCUGAAGAAGAGAAUGGACAAACUUAAGGCCACAUUAGAGCGGACUCACCAGGCACUGGAAGAGGAAAAGAGGAGAACCGUGGAUCUCCUUUAUUCCAUAUUUCCAGGUGAUGUGGCACAGAAACUGUGGCAGGGCCAUCCAGUGCCCGCUCGCAAAUUUGAUGAUGUGACCAUGCUGUUCUCAGACAUCGUGGGUUUUACUGCUGUGUGUGCCCAGUGUACACCGAUGCAGGUCAUCUCCAUGCUGAACGAGCUUUACACGCGCUUUGACUACCAGUGUGGCAUUCUGGAUGUUUAUAAGAUCGAAACAAUCGGCGACGCUUACUGUGUGGCGGGAGGACUUCACAAGAAGGUUGAUAGUCAUGCAAAGCCGAUUGCACACAUGGCUCUGAAGAUGAUGGAACUGUCCGAGGAAGUGCUGACACCUGAUGGGAGACCUAUCAAGCUGAGGAUAGGUAUCCACACCGGUUCGGUGCUGGCAGGCGUGGUCGGGGUUAAAAUGCCACGUUAUUGCCUGUUUGGGAACAAUGUGACACUGGCCAGCAAGUUUGAAUCGGGGAGCCAUCCGAGGUGUAUCAAUGUUAGUCCCACAACUUACCAGUUGCUGAAAGAUGACCGUUCUUUUUCAUUUGUCCCUCGCUCACGGCUGGAGCUUCCAGAGAAUUUUCCCAAAGAGAUCCAAGGGACAUGUUAUUUCCUGGAGGCGGGGACAUCUCACAGCCAUGCCUCACUGACCAGCUCUCGCUCCGCUCCCCCGGCCUCUAUGAGGAAAGUCUCCUACAGCAUUGGGACCAUGUUUCUAAGAGAAACAAGUUUGUAGGUCCCAUACACAGACUAGGAUACACAGGUAUUCCUUUUGUGAGAGGCUGGAUUUGAACCUGUGGAACAUGCAGGAUAUGAAUCACAUGGAUCUUGGGAUAUGCAGUGCAUUCUAUUAAAACUUGGAUUCAGACCUCUGAGAUGGCCUAUAUGAAUGAAACUUAAAAAAAAAAAAAUGCUCUCAUUAUCGCUGAAAAAGAACAACAUGCCCUCAUUUUCUCUGAGCGACGGAGAUGUGGUUCAAAAAACUUGAGGAUCAGCAACUGUGCUAGUCUCACAUGGACCCUUCCCUAAGGAUGUGUACUGAUUGGGUCAAUUAGCAGAGAAACCUUAAUAUAAAACAUAGUGAUCGAGCUGGAUUCCUCAGCUCCGUACCUGGUUUCUAGGUCUCUCCAGUGGACCCACUCUCACAAACAGUACCCUGACACAUGUCUAGAGGCAACAAUGCUCGGAGACAACCCGGAGAGAGUCCAUUUACAUGACCGUGGUUGCACUCAUUAGUAACCGAAAAGUGCAAACAGAACAAAUCCACUUUCCAUUAACAAAGUGGAUGCAGAGGAAUUAAGUUGUAUGGACUUUAAGAAGAUGGCAACAUUGUCACAAAUGUUUGCUGUGCAUCGUGGCCUCUUGUACAAGAAAGACUGCUACUGAGGACAAUACAGCUACCCUUCCAACUGUCCCUCAGUCAUGUCACGCUUUACCAAACAUACUUCUGACAUCUGCUGCUCGUUCCAUCCGUCUGACAUUCUAGAACCAGUUGGUCGAUGUGGGAAGCGAGGAAUGAGAGGCGUAAACAAGGUUUGAAAAGGGGUCAUCAAAAGACAAAUGCCAAAAACACUAGUACACAGCAAACUAUAACCAACAACAAUCCAGUCAUUUCAUUGCAGGUAAUAUGUUUAGGACUGAAAAUUAUUCCCAGCUCAGUGCCUUUUUACUGCUCAAGUCAGGACAAAUACAAGAUGGGUUCAUUUUGAAUAUUUGAAAAGAAAAAAACCACAAGGAGCGCUUCAUUUAUCUUGUGUUUCUACUUGUUUUAAGACAUUUUUUACGACACUUUAUAUACACUGGAGGGUGCGAGAUUUAAAUGAGGGAAUGACAUGUGCCAAAGGUUGUGAGCCACAUUUUGGAGCUGUGAUGUUGCAAGUCACGACAGUCACCUUAUCGCACCAAGCCGCCAGGAGUCCCGACUAGCUGUGUCUUUGAUUUUAAGACGGCCACGAGUGACUGGCAAGAUAAAUCAAGCGCUUCUUAAAUAGUUCAAAUAUUUAAAAUUCUAUUCAUCUGUUUCUUUGUCCAGAUAAACUAAUAAUAAACACAACAUAGUACUAAUAAUAUUGUACUAUACUAACUUGUACACAUAGUCACAGAACGCAUGCUUGACACGGUUCACUUUUACAUACAUAAUCUUUUUUUAAUUGUAUUGUUUUUUACCACGUGGAUAUAAAAAUACACACUAGCCCCAUGCAAAUGUAACCAACAGGAUUCAAAUUGAAGUCUAUUAGUUUGCUGGUAGACUGAAUAUGAUUUACUCGGUGGAAAUCUCAGGCCUUCCAAACACUUCUGCGUAGCUCAACAACUAGACAUAAGAAAAUACGUUUUGUCGAAGAGAAACUUCAUAAACUUGGCAUAUUUGGAUAAUAACUUAAUCUAACUUGCACUACAUUGCUGCCAUUGUUCUCUUUGUUUGCUGACAUCACAUAGAUGUGACAUCAGUAAAGUACAAAUCAUACAUCAGGAAAAAAUAAUUUGUAGGAGGCAUUAGUUUCCAUAAAAUAUUAUGUUUUAGAUGUUGAUAGAAAAGUAAAUAGAGGUUUGUCAACAUCACAUCCUAAUUUAAAUGUAUUACUGAAAACAAAAGAAUUCUGAAAUGAUCUAGGUUGUUUAAAUUUGAAUAAGUGGUAGUACCUGUGCGUGCUUACCUUCUUGGCGUAAAUAAGUGUUUUUCUCAAUUGUACAACAACAUCACAAUAUGACUUAAUAACCAAACGAUUAAUAACAUUUAUUAACAACAGCAUAACAUACAUUUUUGACAGUGGAAAAACUCCAGCACAGGUUUAAAUUCACUUUUAAAUCACAAACCUUCACCAGGAAUGGAAAGAAAAUAGCAUGAUGCAAUUUCUCUACAUUUUGCCAAAUAACAUAGUGGUUGCUAAACCUCUAAAAUAUCUAAUAAAAUGUGCCAAAUGAAUUCUUAGUCACCACCAGCACAGGCUCAUCUUUCUAAGGCAAAGGAUUUUUUUUUUUCCUGCUGACUUCUAUGUACGUUUAGUUGUUAAAGGCAGGACCAGCACAUUUUGACAGCCAAACACUUUGUCUUCUCAAUGGCCGUGUCGGGGAUUCAACAGGAACAUAUGCUGGCUUUAAUAUGUAAAGCACAGCUUGUGGGAAAACAUCCAAAGGAUAAUUUACUUGGGACAUGAAAACUAAUGUCCAUCUGGUUGAAAGAUUCACCCACUUAAAGGGUAUUGUGUCCUCUCCCUGAGGUCGACACCAGCAUAUAAGAAAGCUGAGUGCCAUAUAUGAAGUAAGGAUGGGAGGAGGGGAAUAUAGAUAUUUCAUUUUGACAAUGCUUGAAAGCUUUGGUCAAAGGUUAUUAUUGUCAUACAUAAUUAUAACAACUGUCAUCAGAUUCCCUGACAGAUGUACUAUCAGAAAGCUUCAAACACUUGCACAUCUACAGCAUUUCCUGUAAAGGUCCUGAAAUAUUUUGGCAAUGAGAAUAGACAUUUUUGAAAAUCGUAUCCAUGUUUUUUAUAAACAAAAAUAACUAUAACCUACUUUUAGAAUUAUUUCCUGUUACUUUAAAUAUACUAUGCAUUAUAAAAUUAAUAAUAGACUAGUCAAUGAUAACAAGUCAAAUUAAAUUAUUCAAAGACUUGGGAGCAUAGUUUUUAGCCUAAAAAUAUCAGGAACACAAUGAAAUGUGUAUUAACUCUGAAUUAGGUGCCAUUGUUAGGGUCAGCCUUGUAAUCUGAAGCCUAAGGAAUUGCUCUACAGUAUAAAUUGAUUUAAUAAAGAUAACUCGAAAUUCAAGUCAGUAGAUUAUUGUUUUUGCUACACCUGUUAGAAAGCAGCAUAACAUUGUAUUGCUUUGUGGAAACACUGCCCAAAAAGUUUUUGUGAUAUUAUAGAGAACCAGAAUCUGCAACCGCUACCUGGGACAUCAGUGAAACAUACGUUGUGUAUAUGCACACAUCAGUGGUUCAGAAGAUUAGCGUAUUGACGUUUCUCUUUAUAGUAAUGAUGACAUGCCUGCCUAUAAAAAGCCCAAUAGGUUCAAUAUAAUUGCCAAAUACACUAGAGAAUGGUUCAUCUUUUAACAAAAACCCAUGAGAAGUUUCCGAGUCUUAAAGUCCCGGGAAAGUGGAUUCUGCUUCGCCUUAUAUUUUCCCCUGAUAAUAAAGUAAAGUAUAACGAAAGGCCACAUGGACAAUUUGAUAAAUAACAUCAGUUUUCAGAGAGAUACCUAAAGAGGCUCUAUUUUAGUCAACUCAAAAUCCCAUAUGCACAAUUGAACCGACCAGGAACAUAGAACAAGUAAUCGUUUGAGGUCACUCAUAGGGGGAUUAGUCAAUACUACGCAGACUUCAAAUGGAAACCAGAAUGCUUCUGAUACCAAGAUAUUGUCCUGUUGCCAUUAGAGGUUAGACUGUACAUAAAAAGAUAAAUGCAAGAAAAAAAAUGUAAAAUCCCCAAAAAAAUUCUUUAGGUUUCCCAUAAAGAAGGUGCACCACUCUAAAGUGUAUUUGACAGUGUUAUUGAGGCUGGGGUUUUAUAUAUAGAGACGCUUCAGCACUCUCUGACUGCCAUCCUUGCGAUUUUCUACAAUGCAUACAUGCAUUUAUGUGUACUAAAUGAAUCAAUUGUAGCAUACAUGUAGAGCAGAUGUCAUUUACAUACAACUUCAGCAGUGCCUGAAUUCUGUAUCUCGGCUAAAUAAAGGACAUUACACCAGCGUUACACCCACGCAACUUGUGUCCAACUCUCAUGCCGCCAAGUCUGUAAGUUCUCAGCAUAAUGUUAAAUGUUUGGUCAGAUCUUGCUGUUAUGAAGCUGAGGGGUUGCAGGUACUGGUUUUCUACCGUGUUGUUGUCAUUAAUGGACCUUUUUUAGGUCGCUUACUCAUACACAGGCAGCCAUCACAGUUACAGUGGCAAUACAACUGAGCUGUACUGUAUAAGCAGUGUUAAACAAUGUAUACGAGCAAAUGUUGUCAUGAGCCUGAGGUAAGUCAGGGAGGGUCCAGUAACCAGUGAGCGAAAGCCAAAAACAUCUGGAACUCCAGCAACACUGCUUGUCUGUGUGAAUGUGUGUGUGUGUGUGUGUGUCAAACAAUAUAAGAACCUAUUGAGAUGUACAAACAUAAUAAUUUGUUAAUUAACGCCUAUUGUACUUGUAACAAAUCUGUACAAUUUAGAUCUAUUUAAUAUAUAAAACUAUGGAAAUUGUUAUAAAAUCCGCUGAUUUUCUUUGGGCUAUAAUUCACAAAAUGAUUUGACGUAAUCACAUGUUUCACUGCUUUGUUGUCCGUUUUCUAUUUCAGAUACUUUAUGUCAGUAUAUGUGCCAUCUAAAGCCAGGCUGGGUUUCCCAACAUGCCAGUGUCCCACAAAACCUUCCCACCCUCAAGUAUUGUUUUUUUCAAGAAUUUAGAAAAAGAAAAAUGUAGAUUUUUCCAUUUACUCUGUUGUACUUUUUUAUUACACAUCAAAUUUCGAAUGGUUUUCUUAAAUGAUGGAUUUAUGAAGCAACUGAAUGAACAUGACGCUGUCAUUUUUAUUGAAAGACAAAGUUGCUUGACAUGUUUCUUGCAGGACAUUGUUGUAAACUGUCUUGUUGCCAAGAUCAACUUCACCCCCAUUGACUUGCAGUAGAGUGAGUCCAAGCUGAUGGGAAACUGGUCCCUAUUUAACAUUUGCCUGGUUUUAACAGCAGAAACAAACAUGGUGGGUGCUUACCAUCCAUGUCCAGGGUUCACAAAAAAAUCCAGCCCUCCUUAAGGAUGCAUAUUACUCCACCAAUCUCCAAUCUGUAAAGCUUCACCCACAUGAGAAUAGUAGCUUCCAUAACAUUUGCUCACCAGCUCACGUUAAGUCUAAUAUAAUUGUGACAUUUCACUGGGAUCUCUCUCAGAUGUCACUUUGGAAACCGCUGGUUGGACAGUGUUUUUAACUUUGAUGUCAUGUUGUAAACCUGCAGAGCUGACCCUGGACAUGAACCCUGUUUGAUUCUGUCGUUGGAAUCAGGUGUGUGGAAGAGGCUUGAUGACAGCUGUUUGUUUUGACUGACAUUAAGGGCACAUCUUCUCUCUUAUAUGAUGUAAAUAAAUAAAAAAACACCAAGUAUCUUUAAUAAGUAGAAAAGACUGUGGCUGUUACUACAUACAUUUACACAUUUGUAUAUGACGGAUGAGCAGGAACAAAACCUGCAAUAACUGAUUUUUUGGCCACUUGAUGGUGGUGAACACAACACUGAUCAAUCGCUAUCUUUUAAGUUGAAAUGGCAAACUUGUUAACAAACAGUUGCUUAUUUAUACAUUCAGUUGAGGAGAAUCAUCAAUCAUCAGGAGUUAUGUUUCUGACACCUUGUGAAUGGAAUCCAAUAUGCAUUCUCUUGUUGCUCUGCAUUUGGUCUCCAGCAACUCUUGAGGGAAAUAUCUGUCUCUUUAGCUGCUAAAUGCACCACUAGGUUCAACUGGGGCGGGUUGCUAGUAAUCGGACCGCAUGUGGAAGUGUCCCUGGGCUGCUGCGGUGGAAACCGAUCCUGCGAGAUUGAACCAAAACAGUAAAGUUGCCAGAGAGCAAAACAAAUAGCAGAACAUUCUGCCAUGUUGAGGGGAGCCCCAGAUUCAAGUGAAUUUUCUCUGUAGGUUUCAUUAUUACAAAAGACCUCUCUCACAUUGUCAUUUGAUAUGUUAGUGUAAUCCAGAUUAACCUAAACUGGUUUUCUCAUAUAUGGUUUAAAAUAAAUCUAUAUUCAACCUG